AUGGCACAUGCCCUGUCCAAGUCAGACAAAAUGGGAAAGUCAAGAUUGUUUCGCAUCUUUUUAAUCCUUGGAUCUGUCUUCAUGAUCCUGCUGAUUAUCAUAUAUUGGGAUGACGUGGGAGCGACCCAUUUUUAUUUGCACACCACUAUAUCUGGGCCUCAUUCUUCACGUGUCCCUCCCCAGGGACACCAGAAUCCAAAACAAAAAGCAGAGGAAGACAAAGAGAGUUCUUUCUUGUCAGACAUCGAUGCAUUUGUCAACCAGUUUUUGGAAGGUACAGCAGACCCAACCGAGCAGGUUAGAGAAGACAACGCACCCGCGGGGUCUCACAACGACUCUAUGGAGUCGAAGGCUGAUGAAAAGUUUGUGCCAAAACGGGAGUGGAAGAUUCACUUGACCCCAAUCUCCACGGAGAUGAAGCGGAGGCAGGAGACCAGAAAACGGUUGGUUCACGACCUUUGCCAUAGCAACAGCAGCUUGGAUUUUCCUGGGAAGAACAGGACAUUUGACGAUAUUCCCAACAAAGAGUUGGAUCAUCUCAUCGUUGACGACCGGCAUGGGAUUAUUUACUGUUACGUUCCCAAAGUGGCGUGCACGAACUGGAAGCGCAUCAUGAUCGUGCUGAGUGAGAGCCUGUUGGUGGAUGGAGUGCCAUACCAGGAUCCUUUGGACGUCCCUACAGAACUCAUUCACAACAGUAGCCUGCACUUCACCUUCAACAAGUUUUGGAAGCGCUAUGGAAAGUUCUCUCGCCACCUGAUGAAGAUCAAGCUGAAGAAAUACACGAAGUUUCUGUUUGUUAGGGAUCCUUUCGUCAGAUUGAUCUCUGCUUAUCGUAACAAAUUCGAGCAGGAAAACGAGGAUUUCUAUAAAAGAUUUGCCGUCAUCAUGCUUAGAAAAUAUGGCAAUUACACCAAUCCACCUGCCUCAGUGGUGGAUGCUUUUGCUGCUGGGAUUCGCCCGUCUUUCUCAAACUUCAUCCAAUAUUUGUUAGAUCCUGAAACUGAAAAAGGAAUGCCCUUCAAUGAGCACUGGAGGCAAAUGUAUCGUUUAUGUCACCCAUGCCAGAUUAAUUAUGACUUUGUUGGAAAAUUGGAGACGUUGGACGAGGAUGCCGAGCACUUAUUGCGAGUUCUCCGCGUUGACAACGUGGUCCAGUUCCCAGCGAGCCACCGUAACCGAACAGUAAGCAGCUGGGAGCAGGACUGGUUCGCCAACAUCCCGUAUGAAUUGAGAAGAGAGCUAUACAAGCUCUAUGAAGCAGACUUCAAACUGUUUGGAUACUCCAAACCUGAGAAGCUUUUACAUGAGUAA